AGCGCCGCCGUGUCCCCGGAGGGACGGCGGGGCCCGGGCGGUGACACCGGCGGUGACAGCGGGCAGGGCCGCGCCGGGCACAGCCUCCGCCGCGCUCCCCGCGCCGCCCGGGCCGGGCCGCCGCUCCCCCGGGCCGGGCGGGGUCACCUUCAUGGGCGGGCGGGAGCUGCCCGGGGCCUGCUGAGGCGGCGGCGAAGCGGCGGCACCGGGAGCGGGAGCGAUGUUCGUGCAGGAGGAGAAGAUCUUUGCGGGGAAGGUGCUGAGGCUCCAUGUGUGCACCAUGGAGGGCGCCGAGUGGCUGGAGGAGGUGCCCGAGGACACCACGGUGGAGAAGCUCAAGGAGCGGUGCCUGAAGCACUGUCUUCCUGGGAGCUUGGAGGAUCCCAAAACUGUGACACAUCACAAGCUGAUCCAUGCUACUUCUGAGAAGGUGCUGACAGACACAAAAACAGUGUUGGAGGAGAACAUUCAGGACAGAGAUGUGCUGCUGCUGGUCAAGAAGCGUGCGCCGAUGCUGCUCCCCAAGAUGUCAGAUGUGGUUGCAGAGGAGAAAAGGAAGCAGGAGCAGAAGGCUCCUGACAAGGAUGCCAUCCUCAAAGCCACUGCCAACCUGCCCGCCCGCAGCGUGGACCGCAGCGUGACCCACCACAACAUGAGGGAUUUUCCUUUCUUGCAGUUCCAGACAGAGCUCCGGAAGAUUUUAGUGUCUCUCAUAGAAGUUGCACAGAAACUGCUAGCACUGAACCCAGAUGCAGUUGAACUAUUUAAGAAGGCAAAUGCCAUGCUGGAUGAGGAUGAGGAGGACAGGGUGGACGAGAUCGCGCUGCGCCAGCUCACCGAGAUGGGCUUCCCAGAGAGCAGAGCUGUCAAAGCCCUCAGGCUGAACCACAUGUCCGUGACCCAGGCCAUGGAGUGGUUGAUAGAACACGCUGAUGACCCUUCUGUGGAUGCUCCUCUGCCAGGUUCUGCUCCUGCAGAAGCCCCAGCUGAAGGUGCUGCCUCCUCUGCUGAGGCAGCUGCGGGGCCCAGCUCGGAGGAGGGCGGGGAGGAGGCCAAGGAUGAGCUGACUGAAAUCUUCAAGAAGAUCCGCAGGAAAAGAGAAUUUCGUCCAGACCCACGGGCUGUCAUUGCCCUGAUGGAGAUGGGAUUUGAUGAAAAGGAAGUGGUGGAUGCACUCAGAGUGAACAACAACCAGCAAAAUGCAGCUUGUGAGUGGCUGCUGGGAGACAGAAAACCUUCUCCAGAGGACUUAGAUAAGGGCAUUGACACCAACAGCCCUCUCUUCCAAGCCAUCUUAGAAAACCCAGUGGUACAAUUAGGGCUCACCAACCCUAAAACUCUACUAGCCUUCGAGGAUAUGCUUGAAAACCCCUUGAACAGCACUCAGUGGAUGAACGAUCCCGAGACGGGGCCGGUGAUGUUACAGAUCUCCCGAAUCUUCCAGACACUGAACCGCACGUAGAGGGAGCUGCCAGUGCACUGUGCCACUUCCCCCUGGCCUCACUCCCCCUCCACCUCCACGGGAGGCUGCCUGGAUGGUUGGGAAGGGGUGGAGGGAAGGGAGGGAAGGGGGAAAUCCUGGCUGGAGGGGUCUCUCACACAAGAGAGUUCGUAGUUACGGCCAACAGGAGUGAGUUGCCUUGUGCAUUUUAGUGUUAGUGGAAGAGCUUUGAGGAUUUGUCCAUGUUUUCAGGUAUUAGGUUUAAAAUAAAGUAUAUAUAUUAAAAAAAAAUAGGAAAAAGGUUUUGUGCAAACAUUUAAGAAUCUGAUUGUUGGAAAGAAAUAUUGCUCGUUCAAAAGGCCUGUGACAGUUUUCUGGCCAGUUUUGCUAGGAUCUGGCUGGUGUUUACAAAAGGUCACUGACCACUAGCAUAGGAUAUUAAUCAUCUCCAUACAGUAUUAAUUUAUAGCUCUUAUCAAAUUGCAAAACUGCUUUUUAAAAAAAAAAAUGAUUCUUAGGAAAUGUUUUUUAAAAGCCCAAAUCUUGGGAGAGCAAGCACAUUUCUAUCCAAGCUUGUUUAUCUGGCAUUCUAAUUUAAGCAGAAUCAUUCAGAGAUGGAAUUCUAAUAAAUAGCAUUACUUUUUCCUAUUUAUUUGCUGCAUUAGUGUUGUUGCAGUCCCACUGGGGUUGUACUUGCAGGGGGUUCUCUGUCAGGUACCAUAAAGGUGCAGGAUCUCUUUCACCACAGAAUUCACCACAUCAAGACCUGGAUUCCCAAGUGGCUGCAAGUCCUAAGCUCACACUCUACCAUAUCCCAUUGCAAGGAGGGAUAUGUUCACACAGUGUUGGUUUUUUUCCCAUUUUUAUGUGCACAGUUUUGGCAAGGGGCUUGUGGGGGUUUUAUUCUGUUUACAAACAAAAAGCAGCUGAAUUGCAUGGGGAGGUUGCUGGGGUUCUGUAAAGCAGCAGAACCACAUAGGUUUUUAUCUUGUUUAAGGUAUUUAAAGCACGCUUGAAAUUGCUGUCUUUGAGUUAGAAGUGGGUUUUUCUUUAUACUUAUUCUUACCAUGGUCAUACCAAGAAUGUCAGGCUGGGUCUUUCCUAUUUUGCCAGAAGAGUGACUUGAGAUUUCAGAGAGGAAUUCUGAGCUAUUAAGAGCAGAACUCAGUGUGAAUAUCCAGUUGGUGUUUGUGAUUGGGCUCUGCAGGUGUUCCAUUUUUAGCAGUCUGCUAAAAAAAGGAGGUUUAUUUUUCAACUUAGUGCAACAUGAUUGACAUCUGUCAUCAUCCCCGCCAUGCCUUGUGCUUCACAGCCCUGCAGGAAAGGCAGAAGAGGCAAAUUUUGCAGAGAAAGCAGGUGGAGACCCUGUGCUUAAACAGCACAAAGGUGUCCUGCCAGACAGGGAGAUCCUGAGCAAGUCACCUCUGGGCUGUGGGAGGGAUUUAGGUGCAGUUGGGGUUUUUUAAACAAAAAUGCAGCAAGAUGCAACCUGAAACCCUGCAACAAGUUUUGGCCUGAACUUGGCAUCUGCUCUGUGCUCUUAUGCAGCUGAGGCACUGAAGUUGCCAAUUUCUCAUAAUUAAUAUGAAGAAGGGUGGGGAAAUCAAAACAGCCUGAGAUUUUAUCUUGUCUUACUAUCCCAGGAUUCUUUUAUUUUUUUUAAUUUUGUAAUUUCGUAUUAAGCUUUACAGUUGAUGACUGCUGAAAUAUUUACUUCUACAUUUGGAAAUUCCAAGCUUUAUAGAGAUGUUUCUUCUGUUCAAAUUGGACAGUAAAACCAUUUUUGUGGGCUCUUGCUAAGAAUAGACUGACAUGACAUGAAAUUAUAACCUUGUCCUGUAACUGAAGCCAGGAGCCUGAUCCUGCACCCCAGUGAGCUCAGCACAGCUACUCAUGAGUAGCUGUGACUGAAUAUUGUGGUCUUAUGAAAGGUUUUGAUCAUUUAAUCCUAUUUUUUAGCUUACUCCUGAAGCUUUUUGCCUGUAAUAAUACCAGAAGAUUUUUUACUUGAAGCUCUUAAUGUUAGAAGGAAAUGUUCCUCUCUACGGUCAGGGUUGUGGUUAAUAUUCCUUUUAAUGAGUGCUUUUAGAAGGCAAAGUUGGGGAAAACUACCCUGUAGUUUGGUGGGAGGUUUUUUGGCUUCUGAAUGGAUAAGGAGAGGUUCAGAAUGAGCAAACAGAUCCUUUGGGGCAGUUGUGGCUCUUGAAGAAUGUAAAGGCUUGGGAAAUGCUGGGUUUGAUGUCAGGAGUCCAUGGUUGGACUGCAGAGCUCAGAGGGAUGCAGGAGCUCAGAGAUGCCUCCCUUGGAAUGGCAGCACCCCUCAGUGCCACUGAGCUGUUACAAAGGCUGGGGAACAGCACCAGGAAAACAGAUUAUCCUUAUUGAUAGGAGGUGAGGAUGCCCAGGUUCAGCAGCAGCAGUUGAGAGACCCCAGGGAUAAAGGAAUUCUGCAUUUUAGGGUGCCGGGAGGCUUGAGAAGAUGUGGUUAUUUCUGGAUUUUGUUAUUGCAGAGCUCAACACUUGCACAGCUGAGGUGUUGUUUGGGAUGGCUUUAACAGAGCCCUGCUUGGCUUGUGAGAACUGAAGGUUGCAGUGGGCAAAAGCUGAAGGAGACCAGAAUUUAGGAGCUGUGGUGUUUGCAGCAAGGCCCAGGAGUUGAUUUAAAGCCAGCAAAAACUCCCCUGAUGAGGUUGAAGGAAUUGAUCCAGACAUCAGAGGUGCUGGGCCUCCAGCUCGUGGCUGCUUCUUGGCAGCCCCUGUCACAGACCUGACCCAAAGCUUGGCCCCCUUCCUUCUCUCCUGGAACCAAACUUCCCUUUCAGAGAUUGGUUUUCAUAUCCAAGCAUCUCUUUAGUGGUUCUUGAGAUCCUUUUCAGUUAGGACUGUUACAGUUACUUUUUUGAGGUGUUCACACCAAAACAAGCAUCGCACCAAACGAAUGUACAGCGACACUGUCAGCAAACACUGCCUGGGGAAGGGGCACAGGUUCCUGUGAGCUCUGCUCCAGUGGCAGUUUUCCCAAAGGCUUGUGCAAAGGAUAGCCAGUGUUUCAUCCAAAGGAACCAUCCUGGUUUUUUACUUUUAAUACUAAUCCCAUUUUUAUUAACCAACAGAACAGCGGCGCUUCCAGCUGGUAUUUCCAUCCAGCUGAGAGUGCUGGAGCUUUGGGGCUGGAGAUCCUGCCUGGAUCCCCCUCUCUGGGCCAGCUGCUCCUUGGAAGGAUUUGUGCUGGCUGUGGCAGGGCACUGGGGGCAGUCCCCACCUCCCUGCACGGGGUGUUACAUGCACGUGAGUGUUCUCGUGGUGGUUCUCGCCUCCAUCCCCACAUCCAGUGUAGCAAAAGGGUUUUUUUAAGGACCUCUUGCCCUAGAUUUGAAGAUCUUCACUGCAGAUCCUGUUUGCAGCAUGUGAACUUCAGUAAAUGUAAAUGCAUUAAAUUCUUACUGAAUUUGGGUAUAGUUUUCUAUCGAGCUCUGGGGAGAGGGAGGAAAUUGGAUCACGUUUGAAACGAAGCCCCACAAACCCAAAUGUCUCUGUUGCAGCAGGUAACAGAGGCCUGUAGAGAUUUUUAAUUUGCAUAUUUUUAUCAUGGCUUAAUGAACUGUACACGAAUGUGAUUUGCUACCCAGCACUUCCCACGAGGCAGCACCAGUAAAAUUACAUUGCAAGGUACUGACUUCACAUUUUCUCAUUUCACCUGUGUAUACAGCAAUUAGGUACUGCAUAGGGUAACUUUGAUCUGGCUCUGAUGCCGGUGUGUGGCAUGCACAGCUCUUCCUAAGGUGUAACAUUACUUUUCUGAAGCUUAAACUAGGGCAGACAUCCCUGAGCCUGUGGAAUUCGGGAUUCAUCCUGGCCACGCUCGCGUGGGUCGCCGACCUCUCCCUGAGCAGGAAAACCAGCAGCAUUUGCUCCCUGCAGAAAUCCUCCGGGCCAAAAGCAAGGAAUGCUGCUAAUUUGUGAUCAUUUUAAGCAGUUGCUGUUCUGAAAUAUAUUCCUGCAAGUCAGGGAGGUGUUGGCAAGGCCAGACCUGUUCAGCCUGGAAUUGUUUUGUGUGGAGAUGUGGAACCCGUGGCCGGGGCUGGAAUGAAUGCUGAGGCUUUAAACCUGCUCACACAUAACCCCAGACACCCAUGUUGUGUGUGCUGUACAUUUAUAAUAUAUCUUCAAAAUAAAGUUUUUUGAUUUAUUACAA